AUGUCUACAUAUGCAGAUGACGACACCAGAGUGAAAUUGACGGGCGGAGAUACGGAUUUUAUCAACGCAAGCUUUGUAGAUGGAUACAGGCAAGAAAAUGAAUACAUUGCUUCUCAAGGUCCAACAGAUAACACCAUGCAAGACUACUCGGUGUUUUGGCGUAUGGUUUGGCAGCAGAAAGUGGGCAAGAUCGUCAUGCUUACCAAUUUAGUGGAAGACGGGAAACCAAAAUGCGACCAAUACUGGCCUGACCAUGGAAUCACUAAACAGUACAGCGAGAUAAACGUGACGUGUUUAACUGAAGACAUGUACGCCGACUUCGUGAUGAGAACGUUUUCAGUGAAAAUGGCUAAAGAGGGCAUGACAGUCCAACAGUUUCAUUUCACCAGCUGGCCGGACAAAGGGGUCCCCGAUGAUGUAACUUCCCUGGUCGAUUUCCGUCACAGGGUUCUACAAACAAAAUCGCCACUUUGUGGACCUACAAUCGUUCACUGCAGUGCUGGCGUUGGCAGGACGGGAACGUACAUAGCGAUGGACUUGUUGACGAGAGAGGGUGAAGCUGAAGGGUCCGUUGACAUUCAUGGUUGUGUCACAAAUAUCAGACAUCGACGUACACGUAUGAUCCAAACGGCAGAUCAAUAUGCUUUUCUGCACCACGCACUUGUUCACACGUUAGCGUUUGACAGUAAACCCGUUCAAACGGAGGGGUUUGCGAACUACGUGUCGGAUUCGGAGAACGAACAGAGGCUAAUCAAACAAUUCAAGCAACUGGAGAUUAGCAUGGAAAGAUCUGAAGAGGAGCAACAAGCAUCUGAAAGAAAUUCAGCCUUAAUAAAGUCCAACAGGGAGGGCGCUGACAUUCCAGGUAACUUGUACAGACCUAGGUUGCAUUUAGGAAAAGAACCGGGGCAUGAUUAUAUCAACGCCAUGUAUGUUAAUAGCUACAAACAACGGAAUCAUUUUGUACUAGCGAUGACCCCACUUGAAGAGACCGUGGCUGACUCUCUCUGUCUCACGAUGCAGGAAAAAGCCGCCUGCAUCGUCGAUAUGGGGAAAGAAUGCUCCUUGUACAUUCCUGAUCUUGACACACAGGCGCAGUUUGGUUUAUAUACAGUAGACAAUCUGCGACAGAAGUCAACAAUAUACAGUGUCAACAGGGUGCUUAGAAUAAGCUACAACGGCCAGGGAGGACCUUCUGAACAUACGGUAUCACACUACCAAGUUACGGCCUGGCAAGACAAUGUUAAUACUCCCGAAUCCGCAACUCACUUUUUGCAACUUGUCAAGGAAGUAGAGAUAAAGGCCGCAUCUGGAUCAGUCAUUAUGCAUUGCAAGACUGGUGGAGGACGCUGCGGCCUGUAUGCGGCUGUUUGGACGCUUCUGGAGAAAACAGGCAUAGAGCAUGAGGUUUCGGUGUUUAACACAAUUCGCCAGCUGCGGGCGAGACGGCCAAAUGCCGUAGUGACAACAGAGCAGUACGCAUUUUGUCACGAUUGUGUGUCCGAGUAUCUGCAAUCAUUCGACAUCUACUCCAAUUUCUCCUAGCAAUUUAAUAUUG